AAGUCUCAAAAAGCGUACUGAAAAAACCAACAACAACAACAACAAAGUAAAUAAAUAGCAGAAAAAUAAGUUUUUCGCUGCACUUUUUACGCGCUUUUUCUCGUUGCAAAUUCGAAAUACAUAUUGGGUGCAGCAAAUUGUUGUUGUCUACGUUUAACAACACUCCACAACACUGACCACCAUAGAAUUGGUGCCAUUUUCACAACAACAAAGCGUACUAAUAACAAACGCAGUGGUAGCGAAAAAAAGAGGUGGGUCCACGAAGAAGACGACGACAACAACGACAAUAACAGCCUUAAAAUGACAAGUGCAACAAAUAUAAAUCGUUCAAAUAGUUUUGUGAAUGCGCUCAAAUGGUGGCCACUCCAGGGUCAUAACCAUCAAUCGAAUAAUGCAACACAUGGAAAUGCUGCUAGUGGUGGCGGUGGAGGUGUUGCUGGUGGCGGCGGCGGUGGCGGCUGCGUCAGCGCUGGCCCUAGCACCGCCAGUGGCUUGAGUUUAUUAGGGCAUUUGCACAGUAAGACGACGACAUUUGGCAGCUCAGUAGCAGUGCAAAAGCUGCGCGAAUCCAAAUGGUUCAAACGUGAUGAACAGCGUAUUUUCUGUGCUGUCGUCGAGUGUGGUUUCAUCGUGGAGGUGCGCAGUAGCAGCAGCAGCAACAACAAAACUCCACUAAACAAACGUACAAUGCGUAGUAAUAGUAGUGGCAGUGGUGGUAGUGGCGUCGAUGAGUAUGAUAUCGAUGAGAAUGAUUUGGAGGAUGAGGAUGAGGAUGCGUUGCAGAUGCAAAUACGGGCGCAGGAUGAGAAUGAAACGCCAAUGACGUCAUGGUUCGGCAUUGUAUUGUGUAAAACGGCAAAAGACAACAAACCCAAACCAGAGACAAUUGAAAUUUACACUGUGAAAAUACGUGAUAACGGUACAUUCAAAAUGGUCAAACUCAACCUUGAGGAUAUUUGGAAUCAAGGUUGGGAAUUGCGUAUUAAUAAUUUUGCCGAUAAGGAGAAAUCAGCACAUAACGAAAAGGACAUACGCAAUCAGGUGUCCUUUGCGCGCAAGGCCAAACACAGUUUAUGGAAUAAUAAUAAGCAUUUCGUGUAUUGGUGUCGUUACGGUAGUCGGCAGCAGGAUGUGCGAAAGCGACAGAUGUCCGAAUGCGUAAAAUGGGGCAGCGUUGGCAUGAAUGCAGGCAUGAUUUUGCUAAUGAAUAAACAGAAAUCUUACUCCACAUCCAAGUGAAUCAACACACCUGUACAUACAUCCCAUUAUGAUGUACAACAUUUUGCGGCGUAGCAGAUUUCAGCGAAUCCAGUGAGGAUGCGCGAUCAAUCGAUCAGAUCAAUCAAAGGAGAGAGAUAAAGAGAAACAAUUUGUACUGAAGCUUAGCAACAACAAAGUAGAAACAAAAUUUGUAAGAGCAUUUGUUUGUCUCUACUUAAAUUUUUUUCUACACUUUUGUUUUUAUUCUGCAAUCAAUUUAAAUUAUUAUUGUUAAAAAAUUUAAUUGUUUAAAAAUAUUAUAAUAUUAUAUUAUUCGAAGGAACGUAUAAAAGUGCAUUGCUAAAAUUUGAUUUGUAAUUUAACAAUUAAAUAUUUUUGCCUGCACAUUACGAAAAAAAAUUAAGAAUUAGUAUUAAAUAAAAAUUGGUUUUAAAUAAUUGAACAGAGCUUAGGGAUUUGUUAUUAAUAUUAACUAAAUAAUUAGCAAAGUUACAAGCAGAAAAGAAAUGUACUUCAGCGCGAGAAAUUUCGCCAGCAGGGCAAUUAGUUAUAUAAAUUACAGUGAGCUUGCUAAGCAACCAAAGUAUUACAAAAUGAGCGGAGAAGCAACUUUAAAUUAUUUUUAGUUUUUAUUUUAUGUAUUUAAUUAAUUUUUUUUUAUAUAAUUUAUUUAGUUAAGUUGCGCCAAAGCAGUAAUACAUUAUACAAGCAUGUAUGUAUGUAUUAGCUAAGACAAAAAAAGACACAAGUUUUGCUUCUUCUCAUUGAUCAUUGAUUGAUUAGGAUGAUUGAUUGCAGUGUACGGAUCAGUAACCAAGCCACAGAAGCCCACAUACACACAAACACACACACACCACAACUUGUAAAGAACAUGCAUGCCGUGUUCGAAUACACACACAAACAAAUAUGCAUACAUACAUCAAUAAGAUUGAUCUAUUGAACCAACAAACAAAACGAAAACAUUCAUGACCUUAAAGUUGUUGUAUUUGUAUUUAAGCUUUAUAACUUUACCAAUAUGUACAACAUACUGUUACUUAAGGAUAAACACAUAAAAUAUGUAUAAAACUACAUUUGUAUGUACAUACAAACAUACAUAUUUAUAAAAGCGUUUCGCUCUCAUCUCUGCCACGAGUAUUGAACUUCAUUCAGUACCCGUACUGAUACACUGUGAAUUUCUAAUGUGAAAAAGACUUGAUUUCUAUUUAUAAGAUUUAAGAUUUACCAAAACAAAAACAAUUCGAAAGAAAAAAUUCAUAAUAACAACAUAUGCAUUGCAAGCAACUGCAGAUUUCAAAAAAA